AUGGGAACUGCCGUGUCCAAAAGGAAGAAUUUAAGAAACGAUGCGAUAUCUUCUGUGGCGGCAAAAGUUAGAGCAGCGCGAGCAUUUGGAGAGUACCUGUCCCACACACACCCUGAAAACCCAAACGGAUCAGCUCAUCUGCUGUGUGAAACGUCGGUGGGUCCGGACCAAGAGAGCGACACGAUUGGCCCUAAGAACAACAACAACCUCCGAUCGAGCGCAGAGGGCUCCGAGGCCACGCGUGAGCCUGGCUUGUUGAAGUCCCCCCUGGCCAUACUCCAGCCGCCCCCACCUCCUCCCUCUAUCACCAUCUCUGCCAGGACCCCAUCUCGUCUGUCUCUGGAGCGCAGUUUUUCGGCUGAAGAGGACCAGCAGAAGUCAGUGGAGUGCACGCUACAGCCGGCACGAGUCUACACCAUCACCAGCCAGCACAGUAUGUUAAUGAGCAACAAGGAGAGCUUAGAACUGGAUGUGCUCAAAGAAAAAGCAGCGGGCGGGAGUAAAAGUGGUAGCAGUCAAGUCUCCAACUUGAUACAACCGUCCAGUUUGCCUUCGUCCAACUCCUCGUCACCUCUUCAGUACCAGGCCGGCAGCCGCGGGACCAGCAGUAGCCACCAUCACCAUGGCAACCACCACCAUGGCCUUCACCACCACCAUUCUGUCACGGGGACCAGCGCGUCGUCGAGCAGCGGGAGCGGCAACCAACCCACGCCCCACCACGCCACGCACCACCACGCCCACCACCACCACCACCUAUCCCAGCCGCCCUUGCACACCUCUGUCAGCGCCCAUAACAUCCGCAGCUGGGGGGAGGGGGGCAAGGGGGACUCAGAGGGAUGCAGCGGGUCGUUGGUGUGCGAGACGUGCGGAGGUGGGGCCCCGUCCAGGAGCCAGGGGUCUUUGGACCUGGAGAGCGCAUCCAGAGAGGCAGGCAAGCACCACCGGCGGCUAGAGCGCAUGUGGAGUGUGGACCGGAUGACUGGGUUGGAGAGAGAUGACUCCAACUGGUAUCCCAAAGAAAACAUGUUCAGCUUUCAGACUGCCACUACAACCAUGCAGGCCAUCACGAACUUCCGGAAGCAUCUUCGGAUGGUGGGCAGCCGGCGGAUGAAAGCGCAGACUUUCGCUGAGCGUAGAUCGAAGAGUUUCAGCCGCUCCUGGAGUGACCCCACCCCUGUCAAGACUGACUCUACUCAUGAGAACAAAGACAGUGGAGACUUGCAGGCAUCCAGUGGGAACGUGGAGGAGGGCGGUCAGGAGGAAAGCAUGGAUUGGGAGGAGGAGAAGGAGCAGGAGAGGCAGGCGUGUGAGGGGGACGAUUUUGUACCACCCAAAAUUAUGCUGAUCUCGUCCAAGGUCCCCAAGGCGGAGUAUGUUCCCACUAUAAUCCGCAGGGAUGACCCUUCAAUCAUCCCCAUCCUCUAUGACCAUGAACACGCCACAUUUGAUGACAUUUUAGAGGAGAUAGAGAAGAAGCUCACAGCGUACAGACGAGGCAGCAAGUUCUGGAGAAUGCUCAUCUUUUGUCAGGGCGGUCCUGGUCAUCUGUACUUACUCAAGAAUAAAGUGGCCACAUUUGCCAAGGUUGAAAAGGAAGAGGACAUGAGCCAAUUCUGGAAGAGAUUAAGUCGCUUGAUGAGCAAGAUCAACCCUGAACCAAACCUCAUUCAUAUCAUGGGCUGUUAUGUCCUGGGGAACCCGAACGGAGAGAAGCUGUUCCAGAAACUGAAGAAUCUGAUGAGGCCUUAUUCAGUGGAGUUUGAGUCACCGCUGGAGCUGUCUGCGCAGGGCAAAGAGAUGAUCGAGAUGUACUUUGACUUCCGCCUUUAUCGGCUGUGGAAGACGCGGCAGCACUCCAAGCUCUUGGACUAUGAGGACUUUUUGUGACCCAGAGGUCAUGGGGUUCUGGGCCCAUGCUAAGAAGCCACGACCACAGCCACCUGCUCAACCUGAUCCAGAGACUGUCCACUCCAUU